GUCUCCACCCAGGCAGCAGAAGAAGUAAAAGCGGAAGUGUCUCCUGUCAACAGACCGGUAGUUUCUGUCUGUUCUCUGAUUCUUCCACCUCCUUCAGCUCUCUUUCUCCACAAACCGCCACAGGCUCUCCGUUAACCGCCAUGGCUUCCAGGAAACGGGCCCUCUCCGGUGAUAACGGAGCCCAGAACGGAGCAUCGAGCGGCUCCAAGCAGACCCGGUCAACGGAGCGAAAGAGACACGUCGCUGCCCUGAUCCUGGCCCGGGGAGGCAGUAAGGGGAUCCCGCUGAAGAACAUCAAGAUGCUGGCUGGAGUCCCGCUGAUCGGAUGGGUGCUGCGAGCCGCCGUGGACUCCGAGAUGUUCGACAGUGUUUGGGUGUCGACAGACCACAACGAGAUUGAGAAAGUGGCGAAGUCCUGGGGGGCUAAAGUUCACCGGCGCAGCGCUGAAGUCUCCAGAGAUUCUUCUACGUCUCUGGAAACCAUGCAGGAGUUUGUGAUGCUGAACCCAGAGGUGGACGUGGUCUGCAACAUCCAGGCCACGUCUCCGUGUCUCCACCCGUUCCACCUGAAGGGGGCGCUGGAGAUGAUGAUGCUGCAGGGCUUUGACUCGGUCUUCUCUGUGGUCCGCAGGCACCAGUUCCGCUGGCAGGAGGUCAAGAAGGGAUCCGGUAAGCUGACGGAGCCGUUGAAUCUGGACCCGGCUAAACGUCCUCGGCGUCAGGACUGGGACGGAGAACUGUGUGAGAACGGAUCCUUCUACUUCACCACCAGCAAGCUGAUCAAGGAGGGGAUUCUGCAGGGAGGAAAGGUGUCCUACUAUGAGAUGCUGCCUGAGUACAGCGUGGACAUCGACGUGGACAUCGACUGGCCGGUAGCAGAGCAGAGAGUCCUCAGGUACGGCUACUUUGGUCGGGACACUCCAGAGGUGGUCCGUCUGAUGUUCUGUAACGUCUCUGGAUGUCUGACAGAAGGACGGAUCUUUCUGUCUGUAUCUGGAGAGGACAUGGUCUCCAUCAACACCAAGGACACGGCAGGCAUCCGGAUGCUGCAGAGAGAAGACGUGGAGGUGAUUCUGCUGACCUCCAGUGAGGACCCGGUGACCCGAUCACUGGCCGACAAGCUGGCCACGAGGAUGGGCUGCCAGGUGAUGCAGGUGGGGGCGGAGCCUCUGGAUGACUUGCAGCCAAUCCUGAAGGAGAAGAACCUGGACUGGAAAGACGUGGCGUACAUCGGUAACGGCCAGGCGGACGUCAGGUGUCUGAACCUGGCCGGUUUGAGUGCCGUACCUGGAGACGCUCCGGUCGUCGCCAUCAACGCCGCCAAGUACACCUGCCACGAACGGGGAGGACUGGGAGCCGUGAAGGAGUUCUGUGAACACAUCCUGCUGCAGAAACAGAAGGCAAAGUCUCAGAUGGAGCAGGAACACAUCGACCGAAGCAGCUUCUAAACGCAGCUGAGGAGUGAGUGGCAGCAGCGAAACAACACAGAUUAGUUUGAUCAAGUUUGGUCAUUUACUGAUCUGGGGUCAGAAUAUUUGGACUGUUUUCACUGAUUAACCUCAACAGAAGGUGUUUAGGUCAAAAUAUGCAGAUUCCAACCAAAUCAGAGGAUAAAAACUGGUUUAUUAAAGAGCAAAGUGACUCUAAAUGUAGAUCCAAACCACCAAAAGCAGACUUAGAUAAGCAGAAAGCUGAAGCUCAGCAGUUUGCUGUAUGUUUUCCACAAAAACAGAACACCAAAUUCAACUUAAUUGUCUGAUCAAACUGGUUCUGUGCUCUGACCAACCACCUAUCACAUGUACUGAUAUGAGCCCUGAAAGUUUACCCAGAAUGCACUGCCUAAAAAGACAAACUUCUCCAAAGUGGCUCAAGAAAACCUGUCCAAGCUGACUAAACCUGUGUCCAGAUUUGUCCCAAAUUACUCAAAAUGUGUCAAACAUGACAAACUUCUGAAGAAAUCAUUCAUUUCUUGUCUAAAAUUACUAAAAAAAAAUGUGUCCAAAAUAUCAAAAAGUCUCUGAAAUGACUCAAGUGAAGAGGAGUCUUCAGAAAAUGUACAUAUUGGAAUGUUUUAACUAAAAUAUAUUGAAAAGGACAAUUUUAGGCAGAAACCAGGUUCUCUGUAAGGAACCAGGAAAAGUACUGAUGGAAUUCUGUAGAAUAAUUGUGGUUUGUAUCAGGAAAACAAUCUUUAUUCUAAUAAAAUUCAUAUGUUUCUUAGUUGCUCCCCUGAUUUUUAUGAAUGUUUGAGUUUCCAGACACUUGGUGAAGCUACAGCCGCUUAGCUUACCUUAGCUUAGCUAAGCUUAGCUUAGCAUGAAGUCUUCAAAAAGCCUGUGAAACGAAGCAUCAAUGUUGUUUUUUUUACUUAUUUUUGAUGCAUAUUGCUGCUCCUGAGCUCAGAAACUGCUUCCAGAUGGUCUUUGUUUACUCAUUGAAAUAAUAUUUAAUUAUAACUUUAUUAGUUCAUCUCGAAUCAGUCACAGCUUUAGAGAUGUUUGUUUUUUACUUUAUAAAUUCACGUCUUAUUACAGUCCCAUUGACAGUAUCUCAUGUGUUCAUCACACAUUUAAAAUCGAGAAUAUUAAACUAAAACUUUCCCAAAUCAAAUCUGGUUUCUUCUCAGCUAACUGUUUCCAUUUGUUUCCAGUCUUUAUGCUAAGCUAAGCUAACCAUCCAGGCCUCUAGUAGUCACUGCUCUUUCUGUAUUUCAGCUGCAGUGAUAAACAGGCCUCUAUAUGGAGUUCACAGCUGAAUGAGCAGCAAUAAUCAGCUGUAUUUCUUCUAUUUAUUGAUGGAUUUUAAUGUCCUGCUUUCAUUUCUACCAUCUGAUCUUCUUUUUUCUCCGAAGUGCCUUUUUUUGUUCGAUUGCCUCUUUAUGGGAUUUUUAAUUUCGCUGGUUUAAUUUAAAAGUUGUUUUUGUUGUUUGAAUAAUUUUUAAUGAAGUUGUUCGUUCAAA